UAUCAAUUGCAACCGUGGCUGCUACAGCCACAGUUUAAAUUAACUUUGAGCAUUUUCUGUCAAAUCUUUUCAUUAAAGUAUUCAAGUGUGAGUUUUUAGUGGCAAGUGAACACAUUUCUCGUUCUCGUAGUGCAGGGCGAGUCGUGAGCAAAAAAGAAAACCGCCUGUGCAGACGCUAGCCAAAGGCAACCCAUCGGAUCAACCGACAGACAAAGCUGAACUGCGGCCGUCGGCGACAAAGUGCGCUGUACACCAAAAGAGAAUCGGUACGCGAGCGAGUUUUUUCGCGUUUCAGUUUGGAUUUUAGUUACCUGCGCGCAACAACCCUAGUGUCCUGCUGUUCAUUGCGGUCCGCGUCUUGAGAUUGUGGCCGAGAGUAACGCAUCUAUUGGCCAGAGUUCCGUGUCCGGUAGGCCAAACUACGUAAGCGGGCGAAAGCAGCCCGUGUAGUGUAACCCGUGUGGCAGCGUUUUCGGUUGUGUGCUUCUGGGGCACCAGAGUACCAGCUCGACAGUGCUCGUGUUCGCUAGUGCUCGUGUUUGGCCACAGCUAGCACCCUGGAGAAGCAAAACAAGCGCGCCCAGCUCAUCCGGGACAAGAUGGUGUUGGCGGAGCGCAACACCACGGAUGUGGUGCGUAACGGGCGUCGUUCUCGUGGACCUAGUCCCAACACGCACACUACGGGUGGCGUGUCCAACAGCACCAGUCUCGUGGGCAGCGGUGGCGGUACAGGAGGCGGCGGUGGCGGCAACUCCGGGAACGCCGGCGCUAACGAAAAGACCACCACAGCCGUUCCGGGUGCGGGCACGCCGGAGAGCUCGGACGAUGAUAACUCCACCAAGCGGAAUGGCAAGACCAAAGCCAAACAGUCGGAGUACGAAGAGAAAAUACGCGUGGGUCGAGACUACCAGGCAGUGUGCCCGCCACUCGUUCCGGAGGUUGAACGACGCCCAGAACAGAUGAACGAGCGCGCCCUCUUGGUCUGGUCGCCCACUAAGGAGAUCCCGGACCUCAAAUUGGAGGAGUACAUCUCAGUUGCCAAGGAAAAGUAUGGCUACAAUGGCGAACAGGCCUUGGGCAUGCUUUUCUGGCACAAACACGAUCUGGAGCGGGCCGUUAUGGACCUGGCCAACUUCACACCCUUCCCGGACGAGUGGACCAUCGAGGACAAGGUGCUGUUCGAGCAGGCCUUCCAGUUUCACGGAAAGAGCUUCCACCGCAUUCGACAGAUGCUGCCAGAUAAAUCAAUAGCCAGUUUGGUCAAGUAUUACUACUCGUGGAAGAAGACGCGUCACCGCAGCAGCGCCAUGGAUCGGCAGGAGAAAACCAUCAAGGCGGUGGUCAAGGAUGGCUCCGAGAACGGAAGCGAGGUUGGCAGCAAUGAGGAGUCUGAUAACGAUGACAAGAAGGGGCAUGGCAACAAUAGCACCACAAAUACCACUGAUGCCACUACGACCUCAACCAACACCGUCACCACUUCCACCGCAAACACCACUGCCAACAACAACGUGAACAACAACCACAGCAAUAGCACCAGCAGCAACAACAGCAGUAGCAACAACCACAGUAACAUUGGAAAUAACAACACCACCACCACCGCCAACAACACAACCAACAACGGUGAAGAGAACAACCAAGGCGGCGGAAGCAACAGCAGCAACACAAGCAACAACGAUAUGGACACCGAACAGUUGUCACUCUACGGUGGAAAUGGUCAGGGCGAUGAUGUUCUGGGACUUGGCCUAACCGUUGAUCGUGUCAUUGGGAUCAAUGGGAGCAACAACGGCGAAAUCGGCGGCGAUGCCAACUUAAUGCAACGCGUGAUUGUGGGCGGUUUUUGCAAGAUUUGCAACGUUGUAUGCCACGUACUCCACGACUCACCGCUGGGGCGCAUGUGCAAAAGUUGUCACACCCACUGGAGGCGUACGGGUAACCGUCGACCCAUUUCCGGGCCGGAUAGCAAUGCUCCGCGAAGAUCGACCCACAACUGCGCCGCGGCUGCCGAUCGGUCCAAACGUAAACCGCCCAAGGGCAUGUACAUCAACCAUGAUGAUCUAACCGCUCUUGCCAGCUGCAAGAAUCCCAGUGAAUAUUUGUCGGAACGCGAUCGGAAGAUCACAGCCCUUAUGGCCGAAAUACAGAAGAAUAGGCAAAUGAUGGAGCAGCUGGAGAAGGAAUGCGAGGCCGUCAACGUCGAGGAUGCGGUUACCAAACCGGCUGCGGCCAACACCGAAACUGCCCAACCACGUAUCUCAGGCAGAUGGACCCCAGACGAGAUCCAAGUAGCACUGCUGGGACUCCGCGAAUACGGAAAAAACUUUCCUAUGAUUGCCAAACUGGUCACCACUAAGACGGAGGCACAUGUACGGACCUUCUUCUUAAAUAAUAAGCGCCGAUACAAUCUCGACCAGAUCAUAAAGGAGUACGAGGCAGGAAAGUCUGAGGAGUCGGGCCCAGAGGAACAGAACGAGGCUGUCGUCGACGCAGCAGCUGCUGCAUCAGCGACCGCAUCUGCGCCUACUACCGUUGAUUCCGCAUCCGCAACUAGUGCGACGGCAGCCAGAAAGCAGUCCACCGAAACCAGCAACAACGGAUCGAUCGAUCCCAAUCAGGAUACGCUGUCCAAGAAGGAGGACCACAAAAAGCCAGAGCUAGCGACGGGUACCGUUAAGGGUGGCGGUGGUGGUGACUCAGCCGAUGUCACACCCACUGUCGCUUCUAGCGGAACCCCAAGCACAGCUACCGGUGGCACCGCCGCUGCUGGCACCACCGCUAGCAACAAGCCAAGCAGCGCUACAAUUACCAUUACCGAUGAGUCCGACACAGCCACGAAUUCGAGCAGCGACGUGGUCGCUCCCACUGGAGCAGCUGGAGCCACCGGCUCGUCAUCACUGUCCAGCGCUAAUUCAGCGCCUACACCAAAAUCCCAAGCCAGCAGCGAAGAGUUGUCGCCACAGAAGUCCAAUCCCGUGAGCGGGAUCGUUUCAUCUGGAACUGUAACGGCUGCUAGCCCGGCCGCCAAUCCUACAAACAAACGAGAUAGCUCCGCAUUGCCCAUUGCCGAGCAGCCACCGGCCAAGAAAAUUGCCCUUAGCGGUGGCAGUGGAGCCGGAGGAGCGGAGUUCGCGGGAAAGUGAGGAGACCCAGGCGGCGCCAGAAGAAUAACUUACUUGCGAAAAUAACAUAAGAUAGCAUGUUGAGUUGGGCAGUGGCCAAGAAGAAUACGAGACAAGCUGGGAAAACACGUCCAAAAAAAUGUGCAGCCGGCCGUUGGAUUGCUGGCCGAUUUUUUUUUUUUUAUUUCUUCAGAAUUUUGGGACGCAUUUAUUUUAAAUGAAAAACAUCACGGCUUAAUCUAGGCUUGUAGAAAUUAGUUUGUUUGUAAUUUGAGUAACAUUGAAACGAUUUGGCAUGUUACACACCUCAAAACCGUAGUUCGGUACAUAAAUACUUGAACACACACA